AUGGAAGCAAUGAAAGACUAUGUCGUUCAUCCUCGUUCAUCAAACAGCAAUUCCAUCACCACGUCAUCAACAAUCGAUAUUUUAUCUUUUUUGACAAAUGAAACACGAACAAGUGAUGCUGAUGGUAGUGAAAUUGAAAAUGAUGAUUUACCAGAUUCAAAUGACGUUUUUGUAAAUGACUUAGAUGAAUCUAUUGAUCGUACAUCUCGUCAACAUACAACAACAUCAAAUAGUAAGGAAUCGAAUGAAGAUUCUAAUGAUGAUUUAAAUUCAACAUCUCUUCGAAAUAAUUCAAACUCAACGAAUCAAUCAUCACGUGCCAAUACCUCAUCUGUACCACCUAAACAAAAUCCUCGAAUACGAGCUGAACGUCAAUUCGGCGAAGUGAUUACUAGCGGUACUCUUCUUCAAGAUUUAAGAAAAAAAGCUGAAGCAAAAGCAAGUAAGGUAUCAAAACAAAAAAAUGUACAACAAUCUUCACGAUCAACAAGACAAAAACUUAAUUAA